CAAUUAAACACUUGUCCGGUUUUCUCUCUCCCUCAAAAUCACUCUCCCCACCAUUUUCCCCUUCUCAUUUUCCCUCAACCGUCCAUCAAAUCCAGGGGAAGUGAAUUGGAAUUGUAAAUCCCCGGGAAAAAAGGUUUUUACACAUACUGUUGCUUGCAUUACGCGUGCCGAAUUAUGAGGCCACCGAAGAGGCCGAUCCAAGCGGUGUCCACAUGGGUGCGGCGGCAGCCGCCCAAGGUGAAGGCGUUUCUCGCUGUGGUUAGCGGCAUGGUGGCGCUUGUGCUGCUUCGAGCAGUUGUGCACGAUCACGAUAAUCUUUUUGUUGCAGCGGAGGCUGUUCACGCGAUCGGAAUUUCGGUUCUGAUUUACAAGUUGAUGAAGGAGAGGACUUGUGCUGGGCUUUCACUCAAAUCCCAGGAGCUAACAGCUAUCUUCUUGGCUGUUAGAUUGUAUUGCAGUUUUGUCAUGGAAUAUGACAUACACACGAUUCUUGAUAUGACUACGCUGGCUACAACCUCAUGGGUUAUUUAUAUGAUUCGUUUUAAACUGAGGUCGAGUUACAUGGAGGAUAAAGACAAUUUUGCACUGUAUUAUGUGGUGGGUCCUUGUGCUAUUUUAGCUUUACUCAUUCACCCAUCCACAUCACAUCACAUCGUAAACAGGAUUGCCUGGGCUUUCUGUGUUUAUCUUGAAGCUGUUUCGGUGCUUCCUCAGCUUCGUGUCAUGCAAAACACCAAGAUUGUUGAACCAUUUACGGCUCAUUAUGUAUUUGCCCUAGGCGUUGCGAGGUUCUUGAGCUGUGCUCAUUGGGUUCUCCAGGUUUUGGACACCCGAGGUCAUCUUCUCGUGGCUUUGGGUUAUGGACUCUGGCCUUCAAUGGUUCUUAUAUCAGAAAUUGUUCAGACCUUCAUCCUGGCAGACUUCUGCUAUUACUAUGUAAAGAGUGUUUUCGGGGGACAACUCGUGUUGCGGCUUCCUUCUGGAGUGGUGUAACUAGAUAAGCCUAUUCUAGUUGUUUCUGGUGCACCACACGGCUUGGUCACUGGUUCCUUACAGCGUAGAGAUCUGGUUGGUAGUUCACACAAAUUGGAUGUUUACCUCACUCGCAAGUUACCUGAAAAAUCAUAUUUUGGAUUAACUGUACCUGUACUAAUUCGGUUUUAGAUAGUGGAUUUCGCUUCACUGUAGCAUUUAAACUCUUAAUUAAUGACCAGAACACACAUUAUUUCGUAAUCUUCUCUUGUUUUUUCUUCAGUUGGCUUACAAAGUAUCUCUUAAUUAA